GUUCUCUCCAUCGCAAAACACGUGGCGUCGCGGUCCUUCUGCCUCCCUGCACUGCUCUCAUCUCCUCCUCCUCCUGUCCUGGACGAUCCCACAGAAGGUGACAGUGUCUCUAAUAAAAUGGCCGAUGGCAACAGCGGCAACAACAACAAUGGCGCCACGAACACGAACAACGGCGAGGUACAGAUACAAAUCCCAGGACCAUCGAAAGCUGAAGGUCCAGCAACUCAGGAGGAUGCACCAUCGGGAAGCUUUGAAGUCAAGAAUUGGAGAUGGUGGUUCAUGGUGGCAGCCGAUGUUUUGUUCCUGAUCGCUGGUCAAACAUCAGCAACACUGCUUGGGAGAUACUACUACAGUCAAGGUGGCAGCAGCAGGUGGAUAUCUACAUUUGUGCAAACUGCCGGCUUUCCCAUGUUGUUCUUUGGCUUGUUCUUUUUCCCUUCAAAGUCGUCUUCCACCCAAACUAACAGCGACACUCCCAUCGCCAAACUUGCUCUCAUAUACAUUGUCUUGGGGCUCAUCAUAGCCGCUGAUGACAUGAUGCAUUCCAAUGGACUGUUGUAUCUUCCAGUCUCGACCUAUUCUCUCAUUUGCGCUAGUCAGCUGGCCUUCAAUGUUGUCUUCUCAUACGUCCUAAACUCUCAGAAACUCACUGGUUUGAUCUUAAACUCUGUGGUCCUGCUUACUUUGUCUGCUUUACUCCUUGGAGUCAAUGAAGAACCUCAUGGAUCUGUUGGUGUCUCAAGAGGAAAGUAUCUCCUUGGUUUCCUGUUGACGUUAGGAGCGUCAGGCACAUACUCACUUAUCCUUUCUUUGAUGCAACUUACGUUCAAGAAUGUGAUCAAGAAGCAGACGUUCUCGGCUGUUUUGAACAUGCAGAUAUAUACGGCACUUGUGGCAAGUUUUGCUUCUCUUGUUGGACUAUUUGCAAGUGGUGAAUACAAGUCUUUGAAAGGGGAGAUGGACAAGUUCAAAUCCGGGCAGUUCUCUUAUCUGAUGACAUUGGUGUGGACAUCCGUAUCUUGGCAGGUCGCUUCUGUUGGAAUGGUGGGUUUAAUCUUCGAGGUAUCAUCGUUGUUCUCGAAUGUGAUCAGCACCUUCUCUCUACCUAUUGUUCCUCUUUUUGGUGUGAUGAUCUUUCAUGACAAGAUGAACGGAGUAAAGAUCAUAGCCAUGCUAAUUUCCCUAUGGGGUUUCGUUUCAUAUGUCUAUCAACACUAUCUUGACGAUAAGAAGGCUAGAAAGGCUAUAGCUAAUAGUAAGUAG